AAAAAAAAAAAAAAAAAAAAAAAAAAGAACAUUUUAAGCCACUGAGAUCCCCCUCCACACACACACUUUGGGAGGUCAGAAAGAAAUCACUUUGAACUGUUUAAAAACAAAUCUGAGGCAUCAUUCAUCUUCAUUAAUGAGAUAUUUAACCAGUUUCUUUUAAUAACUUUUUGAUGCAUAUGCCAAAUGAAAAGAACAUAUCUGGGGCUUAUUUUCUGCUUAAAAGACCGUUAUUUUGGUCUCAUUUUCUGAUUAAAAGACCAUUGUGCUCCAUGCCCCUUCCCACCUUAACCCCUAAAUCCUGCUUUUUUCCCUGGUAUUAUCAUCACACUCCCUCGGAGCAGCGCCGGCUCCUUCUCACACCCUCCACGUGCAGCACCGUGAUUUGUGCCGGCGAGGGUCUGCCCACGGGUCAGGGAAAGGAGGUGAUUUUACCAUCUCUCCUGGGUCUUCUACAGCGCUGCCGUGCAGGAUUUAAUCUCCUGGCGAGGUUAAUCCCGGCGGAUCAGUCUGUCAGCCUCCUCCUACCCACUUGGGGAUGAAUUAUGCUGGGUGCUGGAGUGGAUUUUCUCCCAUUACUGGAAAUCAAAGCCAUUUGGUAGCAUAAAUUUGAAGCCCCCAUCCCAAAGGAUAGCUCCCAAGGUGUGGUCCUCCAGCACCUUCCCAGCGGAGAUGAAAUAUUUAGUGCCAGUCAGAAACAUCAGAGCAAGCCGCAGAGCGGCUCUUCUGAACUCCGGGGUGGGGAUGACCACUUUUUAGGGGUCCUCGACUCCCAACGAGAAAGAUAUAGGGAGAGAAAAGUCUUUUCAUAAAUCAGAGAAGCGGCGUGGAGAACAAAGGGAGGAAACAUCGAAAGCGGAGGGGGUACUUUCCUGUUUCUCGAAGAGCAGAAGAAGAAGAGUGGGGAAGGCAGCGUCGUUAAAGUGAAAUCCCGACUGGAAUGACAAAAGGAAAAGAAAUUAAAGCCAGAUUUGUUCCCCUGGGCUGAAGGAAGGAGGAUCCCUUUUGGUUUGUUCCUUUUUUCUUGUUUCCUUUAAAGACAGGAGAUCAAUUGCGGCGCUUAAUGAGAACCGUCUAGGGCGAGAGGUAGACAAUGCGAGACGGAGAAGGAUGGCCCAGCGCCCUGGAGAUUUUUACAGCAGUUUUGAGCAUUGGGAUCCAGCCCUGUCUCGAGCCCAGCACGAUCCCUUGAGCUUCAACCGGAGAGAGGGACCUUUCACGGGGCAGCACCCUGUGGGCGGGGACCACCCCAGCUUUCACGCUAUAAAAUGCUCCGGGUUUCCCCGGCGUGGGGAGCGAUCCGCGGGACCCACGGCUUCGGGGUGGCUGAAGCCAACUUGGACUUCAAGGUUGGGCCGAAGCUGUGGCAGCUCCGCUGGGCUGCCACCCGCGACAAAACCUGCAAGCUACCAAUCCCCAAAGGCUCUAUGGGAUUCCCUUUAAUCGGAGAAACCUUCCACUGGCUCCUGCAGGGUUCUUGCUUCCAGUCUUCCCGGCGGGAGAAAUACGGGAACGUUUUCAAGACGCACUUGCUGGGGCGGCCGCUCGUGCGCGUGACGGGGGCGGAAAACGUGCGGAAAAUCUUGAUGGGGGAACAUCACCUGGUGAGCACCGAGUGGCCGCGCAGCACCCGCAUGCUGCUGGGGCCCAACACCGUGGCCAACUCCAUCGGCGACAUCCACCGCCACAAGAGGAAGGUUUUCUCCAAAAUCUUCAGCCAUGAGGCCUUGGAGAGCUAUCUCCCCAAGAUCCAGCUGGUGAUCAAAGACACCCUUCGGGCUUGGAGCAGCAACCCCGAGUCCAUCAACGUCUACCACGAGACCCAGAAGCUCACCUUCCGCAUGGCCAUCCGCGUCCUGCUGGGCUUCCGCAUCCCCGAUGAGGAACUCAACCGCCUCUUCGAGGUCUACCAGCAGUUCGUGGAGAAUGUCUUCUCCUUGCCCGUGGAUCUGCCCUUCAGCGGCUACAGGAGGGGCAUCCGGGCACGUGAGACGCUGCAGAAGGGGCUGGAGAAAGCCAUCCAGGAGAAACUGCAGAACACGCAGGGCAAGGACUACGCUGAUGCGCUGGACAUCCUGAUAGAGAGCGGAAAAGAGCACGGCAAGGAGCUCACCAUGCAGGAGCUGAAGGAUGGCACCCUGGAGCUCAUCUUCGCCGCCUACGCCACCACCGCCAGCGCCAGCACCUCUCUGAUCAUGCAGCUCCUCAAACACCCCCGGGUCCUGGAGAAGCUGCGGGAGGAGCUGCGCAGCAAGGGCAUCCUCCACAACGGCUGCAUCUGCGAGGGCUCCCUCCGGCUCGACAACAUCAACAGCCUCCACUACCUGGACUGCGUCAUCAAGGAGGUGCUUCGCCUCUUCACCCCCAUCUCCGGGGGGUACCGGACGGUGCUGCAAACCUUUGAGCUGGAUGGUUUCCAAAUCCCCAAAGGCUGGAGCGUGAUGUACAGCAUCCGGGACACCCACGACACUGCCCCCGUCUUCAAGGACGUGGACAUCUUCGACCCCGACCGCUUCGGGCAGGGUCGAAGCGAAGACAAGGACGGCAGGUUCCACUACCUCCCCUUCGGAGGAGGCGUACGGACCUGUCUGGGCAAGCACCUGGCCAAGCUCUUCCUCAAGGCGUUGGCCAUCGAGUUGGCCAGCACCAGCCGCUUCGAGCUCGCCACCAGGACUUUCCCCAAAAUCACCCUGGUGCCCGUGGUCCACCCGGUCGACGGACUCAAGGUCAAAUUUUUCGGACUGGAUUCCAACCAGAAUGAGAUCCUGACGGGGACAGAUGCCAUGCUGGGGGCGACGGUGUAAAGCCCACGCCGGCGGCGCGAGGGACGGGCGGCCGGGGGACGGAGGGGUGGGGUGGGGGCAAAGGGACGAACAGGAGGGGAGGAGAGAGGGACGAGAAGCUUCUCCACGACGCUCGCUUCGCAGAGCCUCCGGGCCGGGACUGCUUUCUCCACCGGCGAAGCUGCCAAAAACCGUUUCACUCUUCCCGCGGGGCGCAGAGAAGGUUGGGGCGUCGUCGUGCGUCUCGUUUCGUUCAAAAAGGAGGAAAAGUCGCAGAACCCGAGUCGAGCUGGGAUGCCUGACCAUACACAGUAUCUAAAUAUUAUAAAUAUAUAUAUAAAAAUAUCUAUAAAACACUUCUGCUGCGAGGAGGAGCGCUGCAAAGGCCCGAAUGCGGGAAAGGCUUUGGAAAUCAGCCGACGAUCAGAGGUCUGGCGUCCCGGGGCGGCUCUCGGGUGGCCUCUGAUCUUUUUUUUUUUUUUAACAGUGUUAAAUUAGCUGGUGAUAACAGUGGUUUUUGGUUUUGUUUUGUUUUUUUUUUUUUCUUUGUUUUGUUUUUUUUUGUUUGUUUUUUUGGUUUUUUUUCGUUGUUGGUUUUCUGUCGUUGUUGUUGUUGUUGUUCAUUUGUUUGGUUGUGUUUUUUGUUUUGGGGCGUUGGAGGCUUUCCUUGGCGAGGGGGGAGGCGAGCGAUGCCUGUUCCCAUCCCCUCUCCCGCUGGUGCCGGGGCAGGCAGGGGAAGGGGAGGGGGGAGCUGCCGUUUUGCCUCCGCUGCGGGACCGAAAAACCCUGUGGUGUCUUGUCCGGGCCUGAACGGACGGCUGAGGCCUCGGACGAGUGCAUAUUUGCAUUUUGCAAAAUGCAUUUUGCAUUUGGGGCUCUGGGUAGGGGUGGGGUAUGUCCUUUUUAUCUCGUUGAGUUUCCUGCUGCUGCUACACGGCCUGUAUGCACCCAUUCCCCCGCCGCAGCCCCUCACCAGCCCCUUUCCCCUGCAAAGGCACCCGUUUUGGGGACAUUUCGGUGCCUUUCCUCUCCCCCAAGGUGCGGGCACCAGCCUCCUCCCAACUGCAUGGCCCCGCCGACCCACCACAGCUCCGCGAGCACCGGGGUGCUGAGCAAAGCCACCCCCCGCUCAGAGCUGCUCAUUUCAGUGCGUCCUCUUCCACGGGAGGCAUUUGCAUUAAAGGUGAUCUCUAUAAAUAAGCCAAUGUGCGCA